GUACCGGUAUGCGUACCGGUAUUGGGAACCGUAAAAUAACCGAAGUCGCUGACGAAUAGCAAUCAGCAAGUGAUUUUCAAGGAUUUAUCAUUUAAGGGCUGAUGUUAACCACCACAGCAUGGGAUCUGACAGGUUUCUACUACUUCAUCAUCUCUGAGACAGACAGCAACAAGGUCAAAGGUCGUUAUUGACACUGACCCCUAGCCCAGCAUGAGGUUGGAAUUAAAGGUCACUCACACUCCCAACUCAAAGUCCAAGAGACCAUGGGAGAGAUGGACAUGGUUGGGGUCAAAGACUGGCUCUUUGCUGCUCCUCGCACAGAACAGGAUCAAGGUACUCAAUCUUCAGGACAGAGGGAGCAGCGUAAAGAAGAAAGUGACAAAGCUGAGUAGUCUUCAGAACAGUGCCAUUAUAACCAGUACAACUAGAGAUGGCCAAUAUCUGUUAGGGUACCUGGAGUCCGGGGAUAUCUUCAUUUGGAACAAAGAUCAAGAUACGCUGAGAACGGUAAAGGGACAUCCCAGCAUCAGUGUAUCAUCAACAGAAGAAACAGGACAGAAAAGCGAAAGCUUCAAGUUAUAUGCAUCAAACGACUUAAACAACAUCCUCCUUGUCAAAGGGCACAAAUCCAUCUACCUGUGGGAAAUCAACCAACCAGAAUCAGUGUUAAGAUUAAGGGAGGCGGAGCUUAAAGGUACAUGGUAUCUGAUUGGUGGAGACAAAGCACCACUCCCAGGGGUUGACUCGGCUGAAGCUGUUAGUGAUGCUGUGUUUAUGGUGGAUCCAGUAUUGGGGAGAAGCUGUGUGUGGUCAGCGGUAUUCUACCAGGGGGAUGAUAUCCAAAUCUCUACAGCACUUAUCAGGUGGUUUGAACCUUGGCACCAAGAAGGCAUGCACAGGUAUCCUUCAUUCUCUGUACGCUGGCUCUCAAGCAAACAUUCCAUCCGUAGUCUGUCGCCCUCUAGCUGGCCGGUCAACCACCACGGUGCCCUGGUGGCCUCCUACAACAACUCUGGUCGUGUCCUUGCCGUGGCCCUCAACCAGCGGUCGCCCCACGAGGCCAAGCUGGCCUUCAUUUCACCCCUGACAGCUGCAGCUACUGUCGUUGAUAUGAAGUCCUGUGGUUGUAAAGCCAAGCGUCCCCAUGCUGAUCAUGUGAAAACAUACUGGCUAUCAGACAUGACCUGGACACACAAUGACUUGUUCCUGGUCUGUAUCACCAAGCGCGGUUCUGUGGCCGUCUUGCCUCGUCUCAGUGAACCCAUACUCCUGCAGUGUGAGGGUUGUUCGGUGGAGCACUCUCCAGCCUACUUCUUGCCACUACUCAAUCUCAUCACAGUCCUAAAGCCAAGUUCUCUUGGUGACCGUCCACCAUCCCCUACCAGCUCCCUUACAUCGGAAGCAGAUGAAGGACGACAACGCUUCUCCGUCUCGUGCCAUUCGUCCAGUCCCUUGAUCCUCUGCUCUGAUGGGUAUCUAGGACUAGUCUUGGAGUUUCCUGCUGACCUUACCUGCUCUAGCAUCCUUGGUGAUUACCUGAGCGAGGGCGCUACAGCACUACACCUCAUCUACUCCGCACGGGACCUUGGGCCUGUUGGCCUGGGAUCGUUACGACGUGAACCUGCAAGCCCCAACCUACAGUCAGCGCAGCAUCGGACGUUCUCAAACAUGAUCGACAUGCUUGCGACUGCCGAUAGUUUCGGGCUGGAGAGUACACAGAGCAGCGAUCUUGGACACCGUGGACAAUUUGGCAAUAUGACCUCUGGGAGGUUGUUGUUUGACGAUUCUGCCAUGAUGUCAUCGACCCAGUCCCUAGGUUUCCUACCCAUUGGGAAUCAUAGCAUAGAGUCAUUGAUUCAGUGGACCCAGAUGGCUGCUCUCAGUGCUUGGGGAGUUGGAGUCAGCCAUGCGGGACCUUGGAACGCCCGCCUUGAAUAUCUCAUGCAAUACACCAUCAAGGUUUUCAUGGCUUUAUUCUGGAUACUUCUACGCAAGGAUGAAGACAUCAAGCUCCCAGCGCAGACGCGAAAGAGCAUCAGUGGGGCUGGGGAUGGUGCAAUAGAUCAGAAACUCCAUAAGGUGCUAUCUCUUUACAAAGCCAUUCUGGUGUCUUCUCUGUGGGACUCCUUUGGAAGUCACUCUAUGUACUCGUAUCUUCGCUUGACCCGCUCUUUGGUCAAGCGACUCCUCAAGGGACAGGUGUGUGAUGAAACUAGUAUGACAAGGUGCUGUAUUGCAGUGCUUCACACUUCUGAACAAGUUCUGACUCAAGUCUACACCAGAAGACCAAUAUCAGAACCUUCUUGUAAUCUUUCUCUUCUGAGCUUCCAUCCAUCUGAUACGGUUGAACAUGCCCUAGCUGGCCAAAGAAUGCACAGUCUUGCCAUCAUGCCUUCAAGAUCGUCCACCAGAAAACGUAGACAGGUUGCUCAGUCUGAACGAUCUGGAUCAAGAACAGAGGGUCCAACCAAAAGCAGAAGCAAGAAAAGAGAAACGAGAAGUGAAACAUCCUCAAUGCCUGCUCCAGAGAAGGUCCUUGCACCUUCCCAGGGCAGGAGAGUGCCCUUACCACUAGGUGGCGCUGUCAGCAUCAGGUAAGUGAUUCCCUUUGUUCAAUCAUUUUCCCAGCUGUAUUCACAUAUUUCUGCAUGUUGAUGUACAUGUAGCAACCUGUGCAAUGUAUACCAACUGAUGUGUCCAUUAAUGGUCCAAUGUGUUCAGGUAUCACUGGUGGGCUGUUCCAACCUUGCAUCUCAAAAGUAGACAUAAAAAAAACUUAACUCGUAAAAAGUUUUUCACUUGAGAAUUCUGACAAUAUUGGCAAACACACUUUGUCCAGAAAAAUUUCUACAGAUAUAGACUGUUUUCAGGCUUUAUGAUGUUGCCAAAAUAUUAUAUGAUAUUAAAUGAUAUAAUUCUAAAAUGUAACCUUUUCUGACUUUUCCUACUUAAAAAAAAAAUGAGAUACAAGGUUUUAAGAGAAAAUCAACGUUAUGGUCUCCCUUUCUUCUAAUUCCGAAAGAUCAAGUUUGAAACCAAAUGCUGUUGACUUGAUUAUCAGUAAAAUCAUGACCUCACGUUAAACCAUUUCCUGUCUCCAAUAAUGCUUGGCGUACUGUAUUCACACGUGGUUUCCAUUAUAGAUCUAGAUCUUUUCCUUUACAAGGGUAUAUGCAUCGACCAGUGUGUUUACAAUGCAAUUUCAUUUAGGAUCUACCUGAAUAAUUAGUUCACGUUGGCGGAACCUUUCCUUAUCCUGUUUAUUUUCCCUCUUCCAUUUUCCGGUCAUUUCCUGGAGACGUUUUGUCAAGGCCAUUUUCUUAUCUCUUUCUCCUGAUUCAAUGUUAGCUUCCCUGCUAAUUACAGUGGAGAGUUAUAGUAAAUAGAGAGCAGGUUGUGAUUCGCUUUGAUUUUUGUGAUAUAUCACCUUUAUUUGAUAUGAAGAAAAAGGGUAGUACAAAGAAAAUAUGUCCAGGGGAGCGAUUUAUGAACGGACUUGUCGGAUGUUUCACCCAACAAGAAAGUCCUGUUUUAUUCGACAGUAUCAGUGCUUCUCGGCCAGUCAAAUUCAAGGAAAUUUGUCAGAUCUAACAACUUAUCGAACAGAAAUAUCGAUAAAACGCUCCCCAGGUUACUUGUAUUUUUAGGACAAAGUACAGGACUUACAUGUUAUAAAUCGUGAUUACAGAUAAACAAUAUGACAAUAAAAUACAGAUAAACGAUUUUCCCAUAUUAAAACAGAGAAAAGAUAAAAGGUAUUGGCUCGGGGGUGGUGAGACCCCGGGCUAGGCAUAUAGGAGGCUGUGGCGAAUGGUGCUGUGACCACCCCCUCACAGACAGAGCCUGACAUCGUCACCAUGUUUAUGCAUUGGCAAUCGCAG